GCAGAUAAUGUCUUAAUAAAGUUAAAGACACAUUCGGAAAAUGCGAAAUAAAUAAUUCUACUCUAAGCAGAAGAAAAUAUAUCUGUGCACUGUUGGCUACGUGUAAAUUUCAUGUCUUGUUUGCCCGCCAUAUGACUAGUCGAAUUGGACUUAAAAAUAAUUUUUGAAAUGUUAGAAAAUGUGAUUAAAAAGUGAAAGACUAGGUGAUAGAUAAGAACGAUGUGUGGAAGAACUGCAUGCACUCUCUGCGCGGAGGACGUGCGCAAGGCGUGCUGCUACCGGAGCGAGGCGGGGGGCGUGUACCGCCUGCCCGACUGGAGGGAGGCGGACGACCCCAGGCUCUCGUACAAGCCGUCGCACAACGUGGCGCCCACCGACGCCACGCCGGUGCUAGUGUCGGGGCGGCACUUCCCCGGGGCCGGCGAGCGGGUGCUGCAGACCAUGCUGUGGGGCAUGAUCCCGCCCUGGCACAAGGGCGACCCCAAGUCCCACGGGCUGUCCACCAACAACUGCCGCCUGGAGGGGGCGCGCGGGUCCAAGCUGUACGGCCGCGCGCUGGGACGCGGCCAGCGCUGCUGCGUCGUGCUGGACGGAUUCUACGAGUGGCAGGCGGGGACGAAGCAGCCGUACUUCGUGUACUGCGCGGCGCAGCCGGACGGGGUGCUGAUAGACGACCCCAGCACGUGGGACUGCCGCUGGUCGCCGGAGGGGGGCUGGUGCGGGCCCCAACUGCUCCGCCUCGCAGCGCUGUUCGACGUGUGGACCUCACCCCAGGGGACGGCCGUGCACAGCUACUCGCUUAUCACGAUGGAGGCGGACAAGUCGCUGGGCUGGCUCCACCACAGGAUGCCCGCGGUUCUCAGCUCGGAGCAGCAAGUGGCCGCGUGGCUGGACUGCGCGGGCGUGAAGGGGGACGCCGCGCUGGCGCUGCUGGGAGCCCCCGGGCCGCUGGCGUGGCACCCGGUGUCGUCCCUCGUCAACAACGCGCGGCACAAGGACGCGGCCUGCAACAGGCGCGUGGACCUGGCACGGAAGAGCGUGAAGGCGUCUCCGAGCAGCAAGCUGAUGAAGUCGUGGCUCCAGUCGGGAGGCAAGAAGCGCGACGGUCCAGCGGACACAGCGCCGGAGCAGACUGAGGCUAAACGGCAGAGAACUGAUGGUGACACAGGAAAGUGUGCUAAAAAUUGAUGGUUGCAUUUGGAAUUAAAUAUAUACAUUUUUUACUAUA